GCGAAUUAUUUUCAAUCCACAGAUCCAGAUCAUUCUUACACGGUGACAAUGUCAAUCGGUGACAAAUUAACUCUACGAUGCUCUUCGAGUUCGAACGCGGAGAACACCUGGUACAAAGGCAACGAGAUCUUCGAAUCAUCGUCACCGAGGAUACGAAUAAUGAAACAGUCGUUGAAGUUCAAGUACAUCGAGCCCGAGGAUGCCGAUUCGUACAGUUGUCUGGUCAAGUCGAACGCGACGCUCGAAUGGAGAAACGUGACGAUACGAAUCGAAUCGUUGCAGAACGAUGGAUACCAACACGAGGCCGAAAGAGUAGGGAGAAACGAAGAAGAGACGAACGAGUUGGAAAUCGAAGCGAGAAAUCUGCCAGAGACGCGAUCGUUGCACCUCGACAGCGAAAACGUGGAGGUCGACCUGGAUAACGAGAAACUGGAGAACGAGACCGCCGGUGAGCACAACAACACCGCCCCGGCGCGAGCACCGUCCUUCAACAAAACCGUGGAAAUGCCAAACGUGGUGGUGAAACCAGCUGGCAACAUGUUACGUUUACGGUGUCCAAGCUUUGGCAACCCAAGGCCGAACAUCACGUGGUACAAGAACAACGAAGAACCGAAACGGACGCUCGGCACGGUGGUCAUGUCCAAAUGGACGUUCAGAUUGGAGGAUCUAGUGCCUGAAGACAGUGGCAAUUACACUUGCGUGGUGUGCAAUGAGCUGGGAUGUAUCAAUCGCACGUCCAAAGUUGAAAUUGUCGAGCGUUUCCCUCAUAAACCAUACAUCAACGUGGAUUUCCCGAAGAACGUAACCGCGGUGGUGAACAGCACGGUGACAUUCAAGUGUCCGAUCGUGUCCGAUCUUGAACCGUAUAUACAAUGGCUGAAAGUAGUCGAAUAUCCUGGUGACCAAGAGAAAUCACCGACUGGGAUUCGUCUUCAGGCGGAAGGCGCCGAAAAUCCGGAAGUACUGAAACUGUACAACGUGACAGAAAAGGAUGAAGGUUGGUACAGCUGUAUCGCUCAAAAUGCAUUGGGCGAAACGUUUAGCACUCUGGAUCUGGGAAUACCACUGACUGCGAAACCACAGAUUCUCGUAAACGUUCUCGCCGCGGUUCUCUUCAUAUUCUUCGCCGUAGGCGUGGUGGUGGUUAUAUACAUUUUCCAUCGUCUGAAACGCGAGAAGAUGAAGAAGCUGCUGGCCAUAGAAACGGCACGCGCCGCAGUCGUAACUCAAUGGACGAAAAAAGUGAUCGUGGAGAAGCAGAAUUUGGUAAACGCGCAAAACGUCCAAGAACCAUACAUGUUGAUGAGGGAUUGCUGGAGCUACCAACCUAACGAACGACCAAUGUUUGGCGAACUGGUCGAGGAUCUCGAUAGGAUAUUAACGAUAACUGCAAACGAGGAAUACUUGGACCUUGGCCUGCCGCAACUAGACACACCGCCGUCCAGUCAAGAAUCCAGCGAGGCUGACGAUGACGAGGGUGAAGAAAAAUUCCCCUAUCUACUGUGAAUAAUCCCGACGAACGAUUGGUAUUCGCCGAAAAAUUUGUAAAAUUCUCUUAAAGCUGAAGAGGGAAGAAAACGAAGAUCUAGAAAGAACGACAAACGAAACACGAGAAAGAAGAAGCGGAAAUAAAAUGAAGAACAAAACGAACGAAAAUCACGAGUAAGGAAAGACUAUCUUGCAGCCGAAGAACGCUGUAAGAACGGAAAUCAAUCGACUGAUCUAACGAACACGCCAAAUAAUAUAAAUCAGUAUUGAAUUGUUUAGCGCGUAUUCCGUAGAAUUAAGAAAGAAGAAGAAAAAGAAGAAGGAAGAAAAUAUCGAUCGAGGAAGAAUACUCCGGCCUUCGAGAAGAGACUGAUUUUCUUACGAAAAAUAUUGUAUUUAUUUUCCUCUUAUCUUCGUGUCCUGGGAAAUCGAUUACUAUUAUGGAACACACGCGUUUGUUCCACGUUUCGUGAUUGUAACACACUCGUAUUUCGAAAACUUUGCUGCACACCUGAACCAGAUUUGCAGCCAAAAGAAUAAAUACAAUAAAAAAAAAUUAAAUUUACUACAAAAUGUUCACGUUCAAUUUUGUACAUCUUAUACUACCGUGCCAUUGAUAAGUGCCUUGGACAAAAGAAACGAUAGAGAAGAGACCUAGAGAUGAAGAAAAGUUCCACCAGGGCUUCUUGUAUUCGUUAAUAUGAAGAGAAGAGAAGAAACACGUGUGUAUAUAUAUACAUGGUGCACAUCAGGUUUGCACGGAAGAUUCCUAAUUCACAGAGGAUCAUCUGGAAAAGUGUUUAUAACUAGUCAAUUAAUAAACUUGUACGUUUCUCUGUAACAUAGCUCAGUUAUUAAAGUAUAAUGAUACAUAUGUACAUGUAUUACGCCAGCGUUUCUACGUGAAUUGUGGACGUUAGUGAAUAACAAGCGUGGAUCUAAUUUUUGUAAAAAUAUUGUAGAUCGUAAGUGAAUACAGUUUUUUAAUAAAACAACGAAUUUUUGAUGUUAAACAUUCACAAACAGAAGCGUCGUCGUCGAGAAGAGAUGAAUACGAAAGAGUCGUACUAUUCAAUGAUUAUAUAUUGUUAAUACGACGAAAGAUAACUUUACAUUAGAUAAAUAGACUGCAGAUUUUUAUACAAUUUUUGUGAAUAUAAUCAAAGAAAUGUAGCCUGAGGAGAAAAUUAUGUCCUAUGCUAAACACUGUAACAAGUAUUUCUAUUUUCAUUGUGUUAUAUAUUUCAUGUUGUACUUGUUGCAUUUUCUGCAUUUUUGCAAGCUGAAAUCUCCCAAUAAGUGUAUAAAAAUUCGCAGUCUAAUGACAAAUAUAAAAAAGAAAGAGAUGGAAAAAAAAUUCGUUGCAUCGUCUACGUGGAUGUAAAAUGCAUAAGAUGUAUAAAUGGUGCAUGCGAGAGGUGCUUAGUAGUAGAUAAUUUAUUUCUCUGUAUAUUGUUACUUAGGAUUGUAUUCUAGUAUGUCGUUAACACAUUUUCUCUUUGUAUAAUUGCAGAACAAAUGAGGCGAGAUACGUGUAAAAUAUAUAAAAAGGAUUUAUCAGUUGAUCAACGAAAACAAUAUGUAAAAACGAUAAAAGAUUUUCUGUACAUAGCACCAGUUUGUUUAUUUAAAAGUUUUCUCGACUUUCUUUUUCGUUCUUGUUUCGUUACCCAGCACCUAAAGGUAGCCAGUAAAUCAGCAUUUACCAAGGUAGAUGUAGAUUAUGUAUGUAUAGUCUGCGUAAGUAUUGGAUUAUUAUUGUAACGUGAGUUUCGUCUCGAAUAAACUACUGGAAACUGUACUCACAUCAUUCGAUCCCUACGUUUAUUAUUUCCAGAUGUUUUCGCAUGAUUUGUGCAAUUUUCAUGGAUCUUAUUUGUUAAACGUAUGAACUUAAAAUUCUGAGGAUGGAGAAAUAUCAAAUGAAUUUUCAGAACAUAAAAAUUAUUAUUUUAAAUCGAGGCUAUUGAAUUUGAAAAUGCUG